GCUAAGGUGUGUGACGAUUAGCACAAUAUGGAGCACGAUACGGGAGGUUCUUUUCUUUCCCCAGCGGAGCGAACGAUGCUUCUAAAAGAAAUCGAAGUUUUCGAGAAGCUGGAAGCAUCACUCAAAUCAACGAAACGCGGGAAUCUUCGCAAGCCACGUUCUGUACACGCAGGGUCAAAUAAGCCCAGGACGAGAGAUUCGGGUUUUCGAGAAGCUCCGCGCAGCACUGGUUGUCUCGUUUGUGGUAUCGAUAGGGAUCACACGAAUAUUCUUUUGUGUGAAGGCUGCAAUGGUGAAUAUCAUACAUACUGUCUUUUGCCGCCCUUGAAAUCAAUUCCGCAAGAUGACUGGUUUUGUGAUGACGGAGAUGGGCUCGAGCAGCUCGUAAGCUCAUUGCCGCCGAAUUUUACUACCAGAUUCGCUGAGAUAUGCUGGGCUCAAGGAGGCAAUGGCUACGGCUGGUGGCCUUGCUGCAUCUACGACCCAAGAUUAACUGUUGGAGAUGCUCGAGUCCUCGCUCGCAAAAACUUGGGCAAGAAGCACUUGGUAUAUUUCUUUCAAUGCGAGGAGGCCCCUUUUGCGGUGCUUCCUACGACAAAAAUUCAAGGCUGGACGGAAGGCUUGGUUGAUAGCUUUUAUAUGGGAAAGGCGGCGAAGGCUGCAGGGAAAUGCCGUUAUAUCCAAUUUCGAAAGGCUUUCCAAGCCGCAAUAAUUGAAGAGAGCAAACCUCUGACACAAAGAUUAGAAUGGAACCAGCUUGGAUUUCCGCCCCAAGCUUCGUUAGCAGCAAGACCGGCAUCGCCGCAGAAGACUCCGGUGAACGCGAAAAAGCGUCCAACGGACUGUCUCAUUGAAGGUAGCAGAACUAAGCGUGCAAAAAGUAGUGUCAGUCUCGACUUGGCACGAAAUGAUAUAAUGGAGAAGCGGGAGCCUGCACGUUACGUCGAAACUUCGGAAAGCGGUACUGAAAUGUUUUGUAAAGUUAAACGAAAGUUAUUGGGGGCCGUAGAUAAAGUGGAGAUUGGAUUUGUGUUGUUACCGUGUCGAUUCACUUCGACCUUCGCGGACGUGCGGAGAGCCAUUUCUAUUGAUCUUGACGAAGAAUUGCCUUCAAAUUGGGAUUGGAGAUUUUACGUGCCACCCCUUGGACCGCUGAGCAUAAAACAAGAAUCCAGAUUUGGUGCAAUGCUAUCUUUCUUGCGGAAAGCAGCACCCCAUUCGGAUAUCGGAGAAGGGAGCCUACAAAAACCCGCACAAGUCGUGCUGGUCGAUGCGCCUCAAAACUAAUUUGCAACAAACAUCGAUUGUCGGCUUGAAGUAAAUUGCUGAACCGAAAGCUCCCUUACUCACGCUAAUUUUCGAGUGGAGAAACACUAAAGGCGACCGUCAUGGAGUGGACUGUUCGUAAGGUUAAAAAGUGCCAUUUGACUUUUA